AAACUUUCAAGGCCCGACUAUCUGUACCGGGCCUGGCACGUUCGCCUGUCCCAGCAGGGUGGGGGAGCUGCCAGGAGUGGCAAUCAGGGCGCGCUAAUGUGACAGCUCUGGGCCACAUCUGGAAAUCGGUUGUGUUUCCCAGGCAUCGGUGUUUUCCCACCAUGAUGUCAUGCUAGGAGGACGUAUUUUGUUUCACAUUUCUGAUGAAAACAGGAUAGAAACAUUGAAUAAAAGCAUAAACAAGUAGGAUUUUGUACAGUAUAACGAUAUAGGCGACUAUACUUAAUUUAGAACUCAAACUGUCUCAAAUGUAACAUAAGCCUCAGCCUGACCUGGUGAAAGGUCAGGUGACAGGAAGCGCGCGAAGCUGUACCUCAGAUCAAGACGUUUAACACCUUCUACUCGACAUACAAAAGGGUAAUAAUGGCUCUUCCAAGGAGGUCAGAUAGAUCUAGAAAGUCUUCACACACGGACGAUUACGUGUAUGGGCACAACUGGAGCGUCCCCAAGUCUAGAACUGAGAGACGAACUCCACAGGAAGACUCGGAUGAGUGGCCCAUACUGGAGGUCGUCCGAAGGGUGGACGAGCAUCACGUGGAGGUCAAGUGGGCUCCAACAAAACGAGUGUGGCCCAAUAGCGUUAUUGACCUCCGGUAUAACACCGAACUACGCGACUCCCUCCAACGGAAUUGCUGCAACCCGAGCAUGAAAGUUUUCAAGGAACAACAAGUGCAGGUCAGCCAGCAUCGCGAGCUGCGUGUACUUCGGCAGCAGAUAUUUGACAACCUCGGGUACAGAUACACCCCAUCACGAACUCAGGGACAUGUCAGGAGGUUGACAGUUGUGGUCCCGUUCUCCAAAGAAAACUUCAGGGGAAUCUUUCUCCAGCAGUUGUCAUUGCCUGUGUGUCAGGAACUGUUGGAGGAGGAGAACCUGGAGAACUGUUUUGGAGGACGGGCCAUUAAUGUGCCAGCAGAGAACAUGGGGGAAGUGGACACCAUCCUCGGGGACCACUGGGAUGUGCGCACCUGCCCUACCAACACUGUGUGCCGAGUGGUGAGGAUGGAGGGAAUACACAUAUCCUGGGGCUAUAAGAGGAGGGAGAUGUUCUCCCAUUCGAACUGCCCGAGGUGCACCUGGGCUCAGGACUCUGAUGAUGAUCGUCCAGAACUCUGCUCUCCAACAGUGAGCUACAUGGUUGGAGAACCUGAGCUCCACUUUACCUUCUCUAGGAGAAGAGGCCGUUGGAUGGCAGGACUGAUGUAAACUUUUCAGGUGCAACUGGAACAAAGACUCCGGACUAAGCCGACCAGAAGUCUGCACACCAACAGGAUAGUUAAUCAUCCUCUUCACCAUCAUACGCUACCGUGUUGUCGUAGUCG